GAGAGAGAGAGAGAAACAAGGGGCGGUGCGUCGCGACGCAGAGUGGCGCGACGCGCGAGAGACGACGAUACGAGACGAGCCGAUCGCUCCUCUCGGUCGGCUCGGUCGUAGCGGAGCGGACAGGAGCGGAGCGGAGAGCGCAAAGCCCACACCAUACCGCACACCACCAGCUUGCUCGCACGCUCGCUCGCAAUAACUCUAAAUUCGAGGCAAGAUGGCGGCCGCAGCGACGGAGGCCCCAUCCGCGCACCUCGCGCUCGCCACGGGCGAAAAGAUCCUCGUGACCGUCGAAUCCGCGCUGCCCGACAUCCUCGUGGUAUCCUUCGUCCACGGCGCCAAGUGCUUCCAAGGUGCGCUCCUCGACUCCGCCAAGAGAGGCCUUCCCUGCGGUGUUCAACCCCCGGAACCAGUACCGGACCCUGAUGGCGACAAGCUGGCGACGAUCGCCGCGCGCUUCAGCUACUUUCAGGAACGGAAAAACGCGUCGUCCGCGUCGUCGACCGCCGUUGUCGCCAAGGUUGACCUUCGCAGGAACAUUAAUCCGCCCGCCAGAUACAAGAACGCGAGACCCACGGUGAGAUUGAGGCCUCGUCAGGUACUCUGUAGCAAAUGCCGAUCGAUAUGUAACGAAAACAGCGAGAAUGUCGACGUGAGCAGGAAGCGAAAGCAUGAAGAAGCGCAACGACAAUCGCAGCAGCUGGUUCCGGGCUCGACGAGAAGAAGUGAUCGACGUUGCGGUCAACAACCGCAGAAGACACAGCGAACGCUGUUAUCGGAGUGUCAGAUUGAAAAUUCGACCUCCAAUCAAGCGACGACGAAGACGACAACCUCGAGUGGUGAUUCGUCGAAGCUAGGGGCGUCGUUGAUUCCGAAAUUGUCCAGAUUGCAGCCUAAUGAGAUUAGUAACGCAAUGCAAAGCUCCGGUCAAUUAUCUGACAAGGUGAAGGUUGCAGCGAGCGCGCAAUCUACGCAUUGGCCUGUUAGCAACGAGGAGGAGGCGUCUUUAAGGAAUGUAUUAACGUCAUCACAGGAACGAGUGGAAUCGUCCGCCGACUGUGACAACAAUCCUUCAAUGGCCUAUUGCGCUACGCCGAGAAGGCUAAGUAGUUCGUCGGUGGAAAGCGCGAAAGUUCCUGAGGAGGAGGAAAAGAAAACCUUUGCGGCCGCGGAUUCGACGAUGAGAUUGAAAACUGGCAGAGUACCGAGGAAGAAACGCUCGGUGGGUUCGAUGGAGGAUCUCUGGGACGAAUCAGUAUUUGAGGAUCCUACGAGGACCGCCAGAACCACGCCGGUGAUCAAAAUCUCUUUUGGCGCGCAGGGCGAGGGAACUGUGCUUAAAAUACCUGCGAAACCUCAAGAUCCUGAUGCGUACGAGCAGGAGACCGAUGACACUGACGAUAUCCAACAAGAAAGAGAUCCCUUGGAAUUACCCAGAUCCUUCGGCAAUGAUUACGAGGGCGAGGAGGAUGGGCAAGAGCAAGUAGAUCCUCAGAAGCAGGGUGGUGUGGUAAAGGACGCCAGCGCGAAGGCGGCGAAACGGGCUUUAAAGAAAGCGAAAAAGGAAGCUAGGAGGAAGAUGUUGGGCGGAGUGUCACCAGCGAGAUCGCCUUGCAACGGAUCGCCGAGAUACAACCCCACGUACGAUCCACUUUCAUACCAUCGUCGGAAGCAUAAGGUGAAGCAUAAAAAGAAGCACAAGGAGGGCCGGAAGCACAAGAAUCAGCCACAACAAGAACAACCCGAGUCUGAGCAACCUUGUCCGGAUUCCGCGGAACAGGAACAAGAGCAGGAGCAGGAGCAACAACAACAGCAGCAUCAGCAAAACUGGAACGUUUUGCCAGGCAACGGUGAAUCCUACAGAGCUAUCAAGGAGCAGUGCCUGAAGCAAAAACUGUCGAUAUCCUUGAAGAGGCUCAACACGAACGCGUAUGCACGCUGCGAUUAUCCCGUGAGUAAUGCAUCCUCUGGCUGCAAGAGCUCUGGCGGUAGUAGCGACGAGUUGAGCGAGCACGAGCCAGAAGUAGAGACCGCGCCGGACUUUCCGCCGCAUCAGUCGCAUCCUCUGGUCAUGCGCCUGGCCGCUACACCUGUGGCACACUGCCUCACGGCCAAUGGCAGGCGAAUGGACGUGGGCGACGUUGUCUGGGGCAAAAUUCAUGGUUUUCCUUGGUGGCCCGGCAAGGUCCUAAGUAUCACAGUGUCCUGCAAGGAAGACGGCACCUCGUCGGGUCCUCAAGCUCACGUGGCUUGGUACGGAUCGUCAACGAGUUCGCUAAUGUCCUGCGAUCAACUGAGCCCCUUCCUGGAAACCUUUAAAACGCGGUAUAACAAGAAGAAGCGCGGCCCGUACAAGGAAGCAAUACGGCAGGCCCAGAAUGAAGCUCGGAGUCAAGUCACGCCUAACUCGACCAGCAGCGUGUUGAACGUCUGCGGCUCGCCCCGCGAGGUCAACGUCCUCUCCUAAGGGAAGUUCUCUGGUAACCAUUCCUUACUGCCGAGCAUCCGUCGGCGUGAUAAUUAAAGCGCUCGCGGCAAGAAAGUACCGACUGAGACACUAUCAGAAAAUAAUUUACAUCUCCGAACUUUUGUUUAACAUUUUUUAUCGACGCUGUUGUUUUCGUCAAAUUUUGCAUAUUAGUUGUAAAGAUUUUUGUGAAAUAUUGAGGGUUUAAUUUGUAGAGCUUAUGUGAUAAAUUUAAACACUUGCAUAUUAAAGUCUUUGGAAUCUUUAAUUGUGAUUUUCGGAUUUUGAAUCCGCGAUUGUUUUGAACUUACGAAGCUUGAAGUGUUUUGAUUAUAGAUCUUUGACAAGAUUUUUAUAAUCGAUUUUGUCGUACAUUUCUUUAUUUAGUAAUAAUUAUUACUAUUGAUGACGAUAAUGACCGAAGUCCGAUGAGAUAACGCUUUGACGUCACAUGUAUGAGUUAACGCUGACUUCCCAUGAGCGCUUGCAUUAAUGACGGAUCGGAAUUGUCGUGUAACAUAUAAAAUUUUGUACAUACCCUUUAGCGCUAAUGAAAUAGUUAUUGAUCGAUGUUCUGUCAGCUAUUUGUUUCGCAAUCAAUCGCUUGGAGCUAGUCGCAUCGGUAGACCCGAUUAACUAUCGUCGAUUAAUUUGAUUUUUCGUUUCAUAAAUAACAACUUUAAUUAUAUUGCUAAAAAAUAAAUAUUUUUUAAAUUGAUUGUUGACAUGGUUGUAAUAUCUUUAAAUUUUUUUCGACCUUUGAAUUUCUAAGAAUUUAUUCUUAUAUUCGUAAAUCUUGAAAUUUCGAAUAUACAAUAAAUCGUAGAUUUUAUCUCGUAGAAUCGUAAUACUUUAAUAUUUUAAUAAUAUAAUAUAUUUAGAUGAUCUCGUCACUGGAUAUUGAUGAUUCAUAUGUUUUCACGAGACUUUUGCGGUGCCUGUGGUAGGAUUAUAUUUAAAUGUAAAUUUUCAUUUAUUUUCGACAAAAACGGCCAAUGUUUGUGCGGUCGACUAGCUCCCGGCGAAUCAAGUAGCGAACAUUUACUGCCAUCGUCACUGGCUUUUCUGUCCUCGGCUUGCCAAGCGGACGAUAGCGUAAAAGUCUUGCUAUCUAGAUAUCUCUAGACUAAUUAUUCUAAGUAUUCACUGUGAGGUUCGUAAUUUCCUUCGUUGAUUAAUCUCUCAAAUGUUUCGACCGACGUGAUUCGCUAUACUAUCCAAAAAAUUAAUCAUUAAAUCAUUACUAAAAAAUUUGCAAUUAUCUAAGAAACCAUUAUCUCAGGCUGCACAUUAUUAUAUGCAGUAUAUUUUUCAGAUUUAAUAUAUAUACAUAAAAAAUAAGAAAAAGUACUUAUAUAUACAUUUUAAUUUUUAUCUAUGUAGUGCCCUUUGGGGUUUUUGCGAGAAAGAGAAACGACUCGUGUUUGAGGGAUUAAGUAUAUGAAUUAUUGGUAAUAGUUAUUAAUUAUUUCCGAUGGCCACCAUAAUGAUUCGAUUCGCAGAUGGACAGGAAAUGCUGUGUAUGCUUGGGAUUGUAUUUAAAUGUAAAUUUUUAUUCCUCUUCGAGACACAAAGACAGCCAAUGUUUACGCUUCGUGCCAACACUGCCGUGUAAUUAAACAAUCGAUCGUUUGAUCUUCGAGCAACGAUAAUUGUAAAGCAACUUUGUACAACAGCCAUAGAUAAAUUUUGAUUCCUAAAACCAUUAAUUAACAAUAGAAGCAGAAUUUUUUAAAAGAAACUUAUGCGGUAAUAAAGAAUUUUCAAUUUGCAUCUUUAAACUGAAAAUUAAAAAUAUUAAAGUGUGAAUUUUUUUAUCUAACAGAUUUUUAUAGUCUUAAAAAAUUGAUAAACAGAAUUCUAAAAAUUACAUUUGCAGAUUAUUAAAAUGAUAAAAAUUUGCUAAUCUUUAACUCAGCAACAUUAAUUUAAAAAAAAGAAAUGCAACUUAUUAAUAUUUAUUAUUGUAACCCAAAAAAGUUCCAAAACUAUAUUGAGCAUUCGCGAAUUAUUCCAUUAUUUUUUUUCUCUAGUUCAGAGAAAAAAAAAAAUAAUAGAUCGGACAUUUGUUUGAAUCCUAAGAAAGAUAUUGUAAAACCGCAGGAAGUACUUAAGAAAUCCUGAUUAUUGUUACAUCGAUGUUGUGCCACUGCCUCGACGCGAUUUUCUUCCAUUAAAAUAUUAAUUUGUCCAAUUAACAAAUUGUUAACGAUUAAUUUUUUUUAUUAUGUUGGAAAUAUACAUACCCUAUAGAAAAAGACCUUGUGUUUUUGAGAAAUCUGAUUUGAAAUUGAUCUUAUUGGAAUUGAUAAUUAAAAAAUUAUCAAAGAUUGCAAAUUCUUCGAUAUUUUUAUAAUAAUGUUUUAAUUUUACUAGAUUUUCGUGAGACUUAGCAAAAAGUUAUUCGAUUCGAAUCACGAAAUGAGUCUUUCAACCGUUUUGCGAGAAGAUAAAUGUGUAAAGAGUCCUACGAAAUCGGUUGCGACAUACUUUUUGUUUAAUUAUUAGUUUGAUAAUUAAACAUGGAUGAUUAUUCCCGACACGUCGAUUAUAAACUGGUGCGACAAAAAAAAUGUAUGUAUGAGAGAAAAACGGAA